AUGGCGCAAUGGGUGCUGGCGACGGUGCUGGGCGUCGUGUGGGCUAUCAGCUUGCUCUACAGCGAGUGGAUUCAGUUCUGGCUUCGACCGCCCAGCUGCUCCACGUGGCCGGACGAGAGUGUUCAGGUGAGUGUUCAGGUGAAUGUUCUGGUGAAACUUCAGGGUCAGUACAUUCCUCCCAAGGAAUACAAGACAAUUGCGGUCAUCAACAGUCCAAAGCUCCUCCCCAGCACCGCUCUGCACGCGCAGUUCAUCACGGCCCGCCUCCGCAACGACCUCUAUCUGCGCCGGGCCUUCCGUGCCUCCGUGCUCCGGUUCUCCCCGAGCCUCGUUGUCACGCUCGGGGACCUUUUCCAGUCCGGAGCUGACGCCACUUACCCCCUGUUUCGGGCAGAAGCGAGCCGCUACCACCACGUGUUUCAGACACACGACCCGUUUCUCGACCCUCACACCUGGGAGAGGCGGCGGCGGCAGCAGAUGGAGCGAGAGAGAGGGAGGGAGAAGGAGAGGGAGGAUAGGGAGGGGGGGAAGGAAAGGGAGAGGGGGAAGGAAUCAAAGAAUGGCCAAGGAGGGGCAAAUGAGGGGGGCCAACGAGUGGCUGGCUUGGGGAGGAGCGUUUGGGAGUGGCUGCAGGGAGGGCUGUGGUGGGGGAGGUGGCAUUUGGGGGAGGGGGGAGUGAACGUGCACAUGCGGACGGAUCUGGCACAAGUGGCAGGGGAGAGAGACGUGGGAUUCAGCAGCUCACAGAGGAAGCAGCACGAGGUGGGUGUGAGAGGGGGAAGGGGUGGUGGGAGGAAGGGAGUUUUGAGGUAUCUCAAAACACGGAAGAGGAAGGGUCUCCCUCCUCUUCCGCGCCUCCUCUUCCGCGCCUCCUCUUCUUCCCUGUCCCACCUCUGCCUCUUCCCCUGCCUCACCUCCCCUCGUUCCAUCAUGCGCUUUGAACGGUAUGUUGGAGCACUGAACUUUCACGACAAGGUGGGAGUGGUGAGGGUGGUGGGGGUGAACGGGCUGGCAAUGGACGGGCACAGGCAGCGCAACAACAGCACGAAGCAGCUGGAGGAAUUCCUUCAGAGCCUCCCAGAUCAUGGGGCCCACCAACCCCCGCUUCCGCUCAUCCUCUUCUCGCACUUGCCGUUACACUCGCCCACCAACCUCCCCUGUGGAGCCAAUGCACUGGGCCAAACAGUGGACUGGGACAACGAGGGGGAGGUUAGGUAUCAGGACGCCAUAUCCAGGGAAGGGUCAAACCACCUGCUGCAGCUGCUCCGACCAGCUCUGGUGGUGUCAGGGCAUGCAGAGGCCACCUGCUGGCAGCAGCGGCAGGUGGAAGGGACGCCCAGAGGGAACAGCAGCUCUGGUGGCCGUGGCCCGUGGAACGUCAUUGAGCUCUCCCUCCCAACAUUCAACUUCAUCCACAGCACCCACGCCAUCACAGACCCGCCUGCGUUCCUGCUCAUCACCGUUCCCCUCGACCACCACCCCCAUGGAAGCCACCAAGAGCAACCAAACCAGCAUAAAGCGACGCUGGGGGCAGCGUCAGUGCACGUGCAGCUGUGUGUGCUGCCCACCCAGAUUCUCUUUCCCCCCUGGUAUUUCCUGCUCUCUCUCCUCUCCGCCCUAGCCUUCCUCCUGCUGCCCUCACGAGGCGUCUCCUGGGCGUCCCUGGCAGCGCUGGCAGCACGUGUGGCAGCAGCGAGCAAAGAGGCGUGGACGCUCCCCAAGCUGAAGGUGGACGGGGAUUGGGAGGGGGAGCUGGAGCCCAUGUUUGACACGGACGGCAACAUGGUGCUUGUCAGGCGGGCGACUCCGAGACUUCCUGAUACCAUGCCCACUUCAGUCACAUCCGAUAGGAGACCCGGCGGAGCACAGCUAAGGGCGUCCAGGCAACAGGGGUCGCAUGAUUCGUUAAUGGACGCUGGUGGCAGCUCCGGCGUUCCUCGAAUUGGAUCAUUCACAGACGUCUCAAGAGACGGUGCUACAGCAUCUGGAGGUGGUGGUGGUGGUGGUGAAUCAGGAGGCGAUGGGAAGGAAUCAGGAGGCAAUCCCGUGUGCGUUCGCAGCAGGGGCGCACCCGUCCAUCGCCUCCUCACACCACCUCGCACCACCUCGCACCACCUGCUCGACUUCCGCGCCCUCGCUCAGGUGAACAUGGGCGCCUCCAGGUUAGCUCGUGUGGUGCCUCAAGUGGUGGCUCAGGUGGUUCAGGUGACCCAGGUGGUGGUUCAGGUGGCUCAGGUGGACUUCGCAUCCAAUGAGCUGAUGCCACGUGCAGCAGAGUGGGACGCACGGAAGCACUUCCCGGUGGACGUGCUACGCAAGGCAGCAGGGCUGGGUUUCGCUGCGCUCUUCGUGAAGGAAGACGUGGGGGGUUCGGGGUUGGGCCGGGCUGACGGGGCAGUGGUGUUUGAGGCGUUGGCGCAUGCUGACGUCAGCACAACGGCGUAUCUCACAAUCCACAACAUGAAUGCGAGCAUCAUCGACAGGUUCGGAUCGGAGGAGCAGCGGCAAAAAUGGCUACCAGCCCUGGCAACAAUGGACCUCUUCUCCUCGUAUUGCCUCACGGAGCCUGGCAGCGGCAGCGAUGCAGCUGCUCUCAAGACCACGGCGAGGCAGGCCACCGGCUCUACAGAUUACAUUCUGAAUGGAUCCAAGGCGUUCAUCAGUGGAGCAACGGCUGCUGAUGUGUACGUGGUGAUGGCGCGCACAGACGGGGAGGGGCCCAAGGGGAUAUCAUGCUUUCUGGUGGAGAAGGGUAUGCCCGGGUUAUCAUUCGGGCAGCUGGAGAAGAAGCUCGGGUGGAACUCACAACCCACUGCUGCAGUCAUUUUGGAAGACGUGAGAGUGCCGGCAGCAAACCUUAUCGGGGGGAGGGGCAACGGCUUUCGAAUAGCCAUGACUGGGCUGGAUGGGGGGAGGGUGAACAUCGGGGCAUGCAGUGUGGGAGGGGCACAGUUUUGUCUCGAGUAUGCCCAGCAGUAUGCAACGGACAGGAAACAGUUUGGCAAGCGACUCACAGCCUUCCAGAACACGCAGUUCCAACUGGCCGACAUGGCAACAGCAGUGGAGGCAUCGCGCCUCAUGGUUCGCAGCGCUGCCACUGCUGUUGAUGCUAAAGUGCCCUGGGCGACCACAGCUGCCGCCAUGGCUAAGAGGUUUGCAACUGACAACUGUUACCAGGUAGCCAAUCAGGCGUUACAGAUGCUCGGGGGCUAUGGGUUCCUACAAGAUUACCCCGUGGAGCGAUACUUGAGGGAUCUUCGAGUGCACACCAUUCUAGAGGGGACAAACGAGAUCAUGCGCCUCAUCAUAGCACGCCGUCUCUUACAGCCAUGA